AUGGACUUCAGCAAACAGAAGAGGGAGCACACCCCUAUCCACAUCAACGGGACCGCAGGUGUCCGUCUCAAUAAAUCUGUCUGUACCUGGAACUGCCACCACUCGUCGGAGAAUGUUGCAGCUGACCCACGUGUUUGCCUCAUCUGUGGAGACCGCGCCACAGGCCUGCACUAUGGCAUCAUCUCCUGCGAGGGCUGCAAGGGCUUCUUCAAGCGCAGCAUCUGCAACAAGCGCGUGUACCGCUGCAGCCGUGACAAGAACUGCGAAAUGUCACGCAAGCAACGCAACCGCUGCCAAUACUGCCGCCUGCUCAAGUGUCUACAGAUGGGAAUGAACCGCAAAGCAAUCAGGGAAGAUGGCAUGCCAGGAGGGAGAAACAAAAGCAUUGGGCCUGUACAGAUCACAGAUGAAGAGAUUGAGCGGAUCAUGUCAGGACAGGAGUUUAAGGAGGAAGCCAGUCUCCCGGAGCACACCUGGAGCAACAAUGGUGACAGUAGUGACCACAGUUCCCCUAGCAACGGCGCCUCUGAGGGCAACCAGCCAUCACCCGCAUCCACUCUGUCAUCCAAUCGCUCUGUAGAGAUGAAUGGCGGCUACACGGCGGCUCUCAGGGACCAGUACAUGAACACCCCCAUGAACACCCCCUACCAGCUUCUACCUCACCUCUUCAGCUACCAUGCCCAGUCAGGCCUGCUGGCCCCACAGCCCCGCAGCCUCUACCCCCAGUCACACCCCCUGGUGCUGCAGCUAGUGGCUGCAGAGGACCUGGCCCCACUGACCACCCCCAUGCUGAUAGAGGAUGGGUACAAGGUGACUCAGGUGGAGUUGUUUGCGCUGCUGUGUCGUCUGGCCGACGAGCUGCUGUUUCGUCAGAUCUCGUGGAUCAAGAAACUGCCGUUCUUCUGCGAGCUGUCCAUCGAGGACUACACCUGUCUGCUCAGCUCCACCUGGCAGGAGCUCAUCCUGCUCUCCUGCCUCACCAUCUACAGUGCGCAGAUCUUUGGAGACCUGGCCGACGUCACCGCCAAGUACACGCCCUCUGAGGACGAGAUGCAGGGGUUCAGUGAGAAUGGCAUGGAGGUGAUGGAGAGGCUGAUCUAUCUGUUCCGCAAGUUCCACCAGUUGAAGGUCAGCAACGAGGAGUACGCCUGCAUGAAAGCCAUCAACUUCUUGAACCAAGAUAUCCGUGGUCUGACUAACGUCUCCCAGUUGGAGCAGCUAAACAAGCGCUACUGGUACGUGUGUCAGGACUACACUGAGUACAAGUACCCUCACCAGCCCAAACGCUUCCCCGAGAUCAUGAUGUGUCUGCCAGAGAUCCGUUUCAUGGCAGGCAAGCUGGUGAAUGUUCCCCUGGAACAGCUCCCCCUUUUGUUCAAAGCAGUCUUGCACUCCUGCAAAUCCAGCCUAAUCAGCUACAGGACAGGAAGUUCCCCCUGUCUGACUUCUACGGGUACCUCCCCUGGGAACUGAGCCCUGCCCUGCUGGCUCUAGGACCGCCCCUUUACUCAGAGCUGGCCUAGGGGGCAGGGCAAGGGACUGGUCCUCCUUCCUGUGAAUGUGACAAGCAGCUAGUUUUAUAAAGCUUUUUUUUUUCUCUAUAUAUUUAUUACAUGACAGAGCUGAAUGUAUGCUGAUUUAUGCUGUGCACAUGCUUCUGUACAAACUAAAUGCACAUUGAUGCAUUGGUCUUUGGAGUUUACAAGUGUGUAUCCGAUUGCUCAAUGUGUGGGUGUUGCCAUUGUUAGAACUUGAUUUUAAACAUUUAUUUUAUUCGGAUGGGGCCGGAUAUAAAUGAGUUGACAAGUGUUUUGAGACUACCUCAGGAAGAUGUUGUUUCUAUUUUCAGGUACCUUUUUCUCUACGUUUUGAAAUGAAGAGUUGCCCAGUCUAAAUCCAAUCCCUGUAAAUGCUUUAAACUCCUGAAUCAUAGAUUGAUAAGUAGGCCUUUACCACGAAAUUGACCAAAGGCAUUGCUGUACCAAAGAUUUUUUUUAAAGCGUUCACCCCUGCAAUCAACAAAUGAAUGUUCACUACAGGUGUAUUGUCUCCCUUCUUGUCGUAUUUUUCUAUACUGUGUUACACACACUAUCUCUUUCAGAACCCACAGACAGACUUCCUGUAAGGGAUGGGCUGGUCUGUUUUGAACAUUCCUAGACUUUCGGUGAGGUGACACUUAGCUGGAUUGUGGGAUCUUCGUAGAAAACGAGCAUACGGGUAUUUUCUACAAUCAUUGACUGCGGAACAAAUUAAAUUGCAGGGGUAGGGGACGUUUGCUGUUAGCUGUAUUGAUUUUUGUUGUUGUUGACCAAAGUGUUAUGCAAAGCUUUUUCAAGCAGAACCCAUAGAUGGGCAAUGAGCCGAUAGCUCAAUGUAAUGAUUUCUUAUCAAUGAAGGACCCGAAUAAGAAAUGAAUCAAUGUGCGUCGGAGCUGGAGGGGAGACCUUCUGCUGACAGACAGACACACAGUGCAGCUGGUUCCCAUCCUAACCCCUAACGAUGAGACACCACAGACAAAGGCCCCACUGUCUUCCCUCCUAGUCCCUGUAGCACCCAUCUGUUGCUCCAGACAUACAACUUUUAGCCCUCCACUGGUACUCCCUUGCCCAAUCCUUAGCCUCUGCACAUGCUCAUUGGGUUGGUGGUCCGGUCCGCACAGUUAGGCUAGAAGGAAAUGCUGGCCUGCUCAUUUUUACUACUACAUCUUUAGACAGUGUUGGGUUCGGAAUGCUCAGGUGACUACUUUUUUGGCUGUAAAAGAGGAGAGACAGAGGAGACAUUAGGGGCUUGUCUAUUAAUCUGGAAGGACUAGAGGUUACUUCCGGCUUGCACAUCAUCUAAGACAGAUAUGCACAUUGUUAAAAAAUAAAAAAACAUACGGAGAAAUAGGUUCUUUAUUUUCUAAGUAUGAAAUGACAAUUUUUCCCACUUGAAGAGUCUUUUUUGAUCAUUCAGGUUUUAUCUGUUUCCUAGUAACCGUUGUUUGAACAUUUGGGGCAAUGCAGUCCUUAAAAUGACUCUCUUUUAUGCGUGCUGUGGUGAGGCAGGACACAUUCUUUGACCAUGAACUUGGCAAAGUCCCCACCCUGCAUGCUCCUCUCUCUCAGGUCCUUGUGGACCUGUAUUUAAACAGGGUAAAGUGAGUGUUGUAUAUUGCAUUCAGGAGUUAUUCAGUGAUCACAAUGCUGAUGUACUUGUAGGAUUCGUAGUCGUAGGAUUCAGGACAUUGUAGGUCCUUCUUAGAAGGUGUUUUCUUUUUCAAAUAUUUUCCUGUUUUUAUGAAAGUGAAUGUGUUGGUUUUAAAGGGCAUGUUUUGGAACAGAUUGUUUUUGACCAGAUUUUAAACAACUGGUGAACCAGUGCUCCCAGUUCAGUGUUGAGAUGAUUUGGCUGAAGGUGGCCUGAGACAGGGCCGAAAUGCCAGAGAUGUCCCCUUUCCAAACUGAGCAUGCUCAAAAUAACCUCAACUAUCAGGUAGGCUUACUCUCUCCCUUCAUCACUACUGUAAGUCCAGCCUCGUUUGUCUUGCUCAGCCUUAACACUACUACCUACCUGCCUUAAAGGAGUACUCCACCCCCCCAAAAAAUCUAUGUUUUGUUAUUUGUUUCAUUUGUCCAUUGUUGACAUAGUGCCAAAAAUGUUUUGCUGGUCAGCAAUCAAUUUUCAAGAUAUGUAACUUUUAAAAUACAGAAAUCCUCCCCAUAUGAUGCAUCACUGGGUGGGAUGUUCCUUUAACACUGUACUAUCUUAUGCCCUGAACCACCCUUUGAAUACUUUCUCCAAUGGUGUGUUCUUUGUUUCAGUAGUUUUCAAGUAGCCACCUUUCCAUCUUUUGUUUUUAUACAUUUUCAAUGUUAUUGUUAAAACUAGAAUCCUUAAUUAGAACAAUAACAAAGUGGGCACCCCGCCUCUGUUUUGGUAAAAAGCUUGAGGGAUGGGCCUGGAGAAAUGUAACCACUCUCAAAUUCAUAGACAGAGCUAUGGAUGCAAGGACUGACCAUCCAGGACAUUCAUUCUAGUUUUAACCAUGUUUUGAGUUUAUUUGUUUACGUUGACAUUACAAUUCUUUCUGAUGGAUGUUGGAUGUGAUUCUAUCAACUCUCUGCUGUAAUUUAAGUUCCAAAAGAAUAUAGUGUUUAUGGUAUUGAUAUUACAAUUCAAAAUUGUUUAUGGAUUGGUCACUCUUUACUAUUACCAAAGACAUGUUACAGAGUUGAUGAGUAAAAGGAUAUCUGCAGACAGUGAAUUAACUCGGUCAGAAGACAGUCACCUGUGAAACUGGUAAAUAUGAUGCACGAUCCUUCACAUGCAAAGCCUUCACUGUAUUCCUCAGUGUCAUUUGGGCCUGAGGUGUGGAGUUUUCAACACAGAUAUUAGAACGGAGUCGCACACCGUGGCUUCCUACUUUUCUUUCAGUUCACCAUCUGUGAACAAAGCAGAGAACAUUGAUGUGUGCCAGAAUUCACGGUGGAGAGUAGCCAGCCACUGGUCUGGGGGGGCUCAGUGCAUAUGGCACUCCUAAACUCAGGGAUCAGACAUUUUUAGGGUACUUGUGUUUGAGAUCCUAGCCCAGUGCUGCUGCUGCCAUACAGUGUCACUCUGGCCAUCAUACAUGAAUAUAGGGACUCUUAAGUGGCAGGUUCUUCGUUGCAGUCUCUUUUAAAAUCAAACGUCACAUUGCUACCUUGCUGCCAACACCUCUCAUGUUUUGAAACACAUGUAAUACAAACUCAUUACCAUUCUCACUAUUUUCUGGAAUGUGUUUUUACAGAUAAUGGAUAUGUAAUUUGCAAUUUCUAUACUGAAACUACCUCUUUUUGUGUGUCAUCACGUUGCUUACUCUCACACAGGUAAUGUAAAAAAAAAAAAAAAACAUAUUUAUUGGUUUCAUUGCACCAAUGUUCUGUUAUUUUGUGUCUCUCAUUUCAUCCAGUUACCUCACUGUUACCUAUUUUGCAUGUAAACGUUUCCUCAUAUGUUUUUCCGUGGUACCUCAGGACAAACUGCAGCCUCGCCCUUGGUGGAUGGGAGUCAGUUUGACCACCGUGCGGCAGUUUACAUUUACAACUUUUUUUCUGCGAUCGAUCAUGUAGUUUACAACGUCACACCAAGUGAUCAAUGAAAAAAGGAUCAGACUGAUGACUUAUCUACCACGUCAUGACCGUACACUACCAAUCAUUAACACACCUGAUUACCAUACCAAAUCAUUUCUGUGGGAAUCUCGGCAUACUGUAUGUAAUCACAUGUCAUUUGUUCACUUUUCUGCGGUCGUUUUAUCAAUACUUCCCAUUUUACUGGUGUAGUGUUUCUUUGUACAGUUUUGUACAGCAACAUAUAACCCAGUAUGGUAUUCCAAUCAAUGUAUUGUGUUCCUUCACUAUAUCUAUAUAGUUGUCAAGAUGGGGUGUACCAAACAAUGUAAAGGCAAAGUGUAAAGACUUUAAUAGGGUUAAAUGAUCAGUAUCAUGUUUGAUAUUUAGAAUGCUGCUUGUGAGUGAUUAUUCAUUAGAAUGUAACUUUGGCCCUUUUGCCAUUUCCUGUUAACAUGCUUUCCUUCACUCAUCUCAACAAUGAAUGGUUUUCUGUUAUAACAGUGUUAUUACAAGCUUAUACAUUGUUAUUACAAGCUUAUUCAGUGUUAUUACAAUUCAUUCGUUGAAGCUCCUUGUUAAGGAGCCCACAAUGGGGCAACUAGAGCAGAUAAAAUCACAACAUAUCUCAGGGAACAACGUCUUAAAGUAUUUCCAUUUCAUCUGCACCACUGGAUACGCAGAUGAAAUGCAUGACAUUUUUAUCUGCCAUGUUUGUUUGUUUUCUCCUUAAAGGGAUACUUUAAGGGAUCCCCAGAGUCAGAUGAACUCAUGGAUACCAUUUUUAUGUCUCUGCAUCCAGUACGAGGGAAGUUAGAGGUAGUUUCGCGAGCCAAUUGCUAAGUACCGUUAGCUCAAUGAAUGGAACUCAAUGGCAACAACUAGCAUGCUAGCUGUUACCAUAGAUUUCCAGUCAUUGCGCUGAUUCAGAGGGGUUGGGUUAAAUGCGGAAGACACAUUUCAGGUGAAGGCAUUCAGUUGUACAACUGACUAAUGCUAGUUAGAAGUUGCGCUGACGCUAGUUAGCAACUUCCUUCAAACUGCACACAGAGACAUAAAAUGGUAUCCACGAGCUCAUCUGACUCUGGGGAAGUAGAUUAAGGGUUUCAUUGCCAAAAUCCCGAAGUAUCCCUUUAAAUCUUUUGAAAAACCUCUCUCCUCUGCUUUUCUUACUUGAACUACCUGUGACAAAUGUGAUCCAUAUGUGUUAAACGCAUGUUUAGAAUAUGUUAGGACUUGAAACCAAAUAAAUGUGAACGUUAUGCAACUGUG